AUGGACCUUCGUUCGGAUAAAAUACAGCGGGUUCUAUCCAAGUACAAAUUCCACGAUGUGGCCUUGGAAGAAUUGGACAAAAUUGAGAACGCCUUCCCCGGGAUGAUCCCUUCCGUCGGAACCUACACGUUCAGCGACGGGUCCCAGAAGGAGCUCCUGAAGUUGAACGGCAACCUUCCGGUCAAGUACGAAGGACGUUCGUACAACUUCCCCAUCCAGCUGUGGUUGAUGGACUCCUUCCCGGUCACGCCUCCCAUCUGCCUGCUGAGGCCCACGUCCGACAUGGCGGUCCGGGAGGGCAAACACGUGGACGCCCGCGGACGCAUCUACCUGCCCAUCUUGCAUAACUGGGAUCACCCCAUGUCGUCGGUGGUAGAGCUUCUGGAGGAGAUGAUUUCCAAGUUCCAAGAGGAUCCCCCCCUGUCCUCCACCAGCAGCGCACAGAAAGAUCCGCAGGAGCUCCUGGCGUUUGUCAACGACCUCCGGAUCGGCGACAGUAGCGUCAGGAAGCAGCAGCAGCAGAAACAACAGCCGCUCCGCAAAGUCUCAGUGAUCGGCGGCGGGGAUUUGGGAAUGGCCGUCGUGAUGAGCAUAUUGGCAAAGUGUCAAGUCGAUCGUCUGGUCUUCAUCGACGUCGCAGGGAGUUCCACCAAGGGCGGAAGCGCAGACCUGGAGAUUUUCAAGCCUCCAAAUGUGGAAGUGUCCCAGGAUUUGUCCGCCUCGACGGGCUCCCAAGUGCUGGUGUUGACGGCCUACGCGUGGAGCGGCGACCAGUCCUACGUCAGGGUGGUCCAGACCAACGUAGACUUGUACCGAGGGAUCGUCCCAGUCUUGGCGCGUCUCAACCCGGGCGCCGUCAUGCUUAUCGCUUCUCACCCGGUGGACGUGAUGACCCACGUGGCGUGGAGGCAGAGCGGCCUGCCGCCCUCGCAGGUGAUCGGGGCGGGCUGCAACCUGGACUCGGAACGCCUGGCUCACGUUCUCCGAAUCGACUUGAACGCUCGCCAGCAGGCUUGGGUCAUCGGCGAGUGUUCGGAAAACAAAGUCCCCGUGAUGAGCAAGACUGAAAUCCCGGGCUCCAACGUGGACUCUACCAAACCGCUGCUUAGCAGAGCUUUCGGCCUCACCAAGAACGGAGGUCAGCGUUCCUGGUCCGUGGGCUUGUCGCUGGCCGACAUCACAAACAGCAUCCUGACAGAUAGGAAGAAAGUCCACUCUGUCACCACGCUUGCCCAGGGCUGGGGCGGCGUCGGAGCCGAGGUAUUCUUCAGCCUGCCGUGCCUGCUGGGCUCCGGCGGUUCCACGCGGCUGGCCGGCGUGUCGCUGGGCGAGGAGGAAGACGCCAAGCUGCGGGAGAGCGUGGCCUCGCUCGUCAACCUCUUGAGUCAGCUGAGAAUAUGA